AUGAAUUACGUUCCAUUGAAUUCUAAUGCAUUUUAUACUAAUCAAAAAAAAUCUAUCUUACAACCUCCAAAAUCACGAUUUAAUUCACCAGUUAAUAAUUAUUCUCAUAUCAAUGCUCAAACAUUAGAAAUACGUCCUCCUCGAACACCAAUACCAUUUAGUACAAUCAUGCCAAUGACUCAUACUGAUACUGCUAUACCUUUGAGUAAUGUUAAUCAAAAAUUAGCUACUCUUACAUUUAAUUUAGAAAAAGAAUUUGAAGGUGAAGCAACUGUAGGUAAAUAUUAUGGUCAAUGCACUAAAUGUAGACAAUCAAUAACGGGUUCGUCAUCGGAUGUUUGCCAAGCAAUGGGCAAACUUUAUCAUAGUGAUUGUUUUAAAUGUGUUUUAUGUGCUCGGAUAUUACGAGGUAAAGCAUUUUAUCGUAUACAUGAUCAAGUCUAUUGUGAAGAAGAUUAUCUGUUUACUGGCUUUCAACAAACAAUAGAAAAAUGUUAUAUUUGUGAUCAUCUUAUUAUGGAUCAGAUGCUUCAAGCACUCGGUCAUACAUAUCAUCCUGGUUGUUUUCGUUGUUCGAUAUGUAAUGAAUCUCUUGAUAAUCAUCCAUUUACUAUUGAUAAAGAUCAACGUUUAUUUUGUUUAAAUGAUUAUCAUAAUACUUAUGCUCCUCGAUGUGCUAAAUGUACUGAUCCUAUUUGUCCAGAUGAUGGUUGUGAUGAAACUAUUCGUGUUAUUGCAAUGAAUAAAAAUUUUCAUAUUGAAUGUUAUCGAUGUAAGGAUUGUCAAUCUAGUUUGAGUGAUGAGCAAACAACAGCUCUUUUAGGUGGUUGUUGUCCAUUACCAGAUGGUACAUUAUUAUGUUAUCGAUGUCGAAUGCGUCGAGGUGUUAAUAAUAAAUAA